AUGCAGGUUCGAAGUAUCAAUCUUUACACUAUUGAAUUAACACAUGGGGAAUUUAAAUGGCAAGUUAAAAGGAAAUUCAAGCACUUUCAAGAAUUUCACAGAGAGCUCCUCACAUACAAAGCCUUUAUUCGAAUCCCCCUUCCUACCAAAAGACACACAUUUAGAAGACAGAAUGUCAAAGAAGAGCCUCGAGAGAUGCCAAGCUUGCCCCGUUCCUCUGAAAACCUGGUCAGAGAAGAGCAAUCCCUUGGUAGAAGGAAACAACUGGAAGAUUACUUGACAAAGUUACUGAAAAUGCCCAUGUAUAGAAACUAUCAUGCAACAACAGAAUUCCUUGCUAUAAGCCAGCUGUCUUUCAUCCAUGAUUUGGGACCAAAGGGCAUAGAAGGCAUGAUAAUGAAAAGAUCCGGGGGACACAGGAUACCAGGUUUGAAUUGCUGUGGUCAUGGAAGAGCCUGCUACCGGUGGUCAAAAAGGUGGUUGAUAGUGAAAGAUUCUUUUUUACUGUAUAUGAAACCAGACAGUGGUGCAAUCGCCUUCGUCUUGCUGGUGGAUAAAGAAUUCAGAAUUAAGGUGGGGAGAAAAGAGACGGAGACGAAAUACGGACUCCGAAUUGAUAACCUUUCAAGGACGCUUAUUUUAAAAUGCAACAGCUAUAGACAUGCUCGGUGGUGGGCAGGGGCUAUAGAAGAAUUCAUCCAGAAACAUGGCACCAACUUUCUCAAGGAUCAUCGAUUUGGGUCAUAUGCUGCUAUCCAAGAGAACACUUUAGCUAAAUGGUAUGUUAACUCCAAAGGAUAUUUUGAAGAUGUUGCAAAUGCAAUGGAAGAGGCAGAAGAAGAGAUUUUCAUCACAGAUUGGUGGUUGAGUCCAGAAAUCUUCCUGAAACGCCCAGUGGUUGAAGGAAAUCGUUGGAGGUUGGACUGCAUUCUUAAACGAAAAGCACAACAGGGGGUGAGGAUCUUCAUAAUGCUCUACAAAGAGGUGGAACUUGCUCUUGGAAUCAAUAGUGAGUACAGCAAGAGGACGUUAAUGCGUUUACACCCCAACAUAAAGGUGAUGAGGCACCCAGAUCACGUGUCAUCCAGCGUAUAUCUUUGGGCUCAUCAUGAGAAACUUGUCAUCAUCGACCAAUCUGUGGCCUUUGUGGGUGGGAUCGACCUGGCCUAUGGAAGGUGGGAUGACAAUGAACACAGACUCACGGAUGUGGGCAGUGUGAAGCGUGUCACCACGGGACUGUCUCUGGCUUCCCUCGCUGAAACAUCAGAGUCUAUGGAAUCCUUAAGCCUCAAAGAUAAAAACAAAUUUACUAAAAAGCUGCCCAUCCGGAAGAGUGUUGAUGAUACGGAUUCAAAACUGAAAGGAAUAGGAAAGUCCAGAAAGUUCUCCAAAUUUAGCCUCUAUCGGCAGCUCCAGAGGCACCACUUGCAAAGCGCGGACAGCGUCAGCAGCACUGAAAGCACCUCCAGUUACUGUAAUCACUGUAGAAGUCGUCAGAAUUUAAUCCAUGGUUUAAAGCCCCACUUGAAACUCUUUCGCUCUUCCAAUGAUUCUGAGCAGGGGCUCGCUAGACCUAAUGCUGACAUGGGCUCCAUCCGCAGUUUGCACACAGGCGUGGGAGAGCUGCAUGGGGAAACCAGGUUCUGGCACGGGAAGGACUACUGCAACUUCGUCUUCAAAGACUGGGUUCAGCUUGAUAAGCCUUUUGCUGAUUUCAUUGACAGGUACACCACUCCCCGGAUGCCAUGGCAUGACAUUGCCUCUGUGGUCCAUGGGAAGGCAGCUCGGGACGUGGCGCGUCACUUCAUCCAGCGCUGGAACUUCACAAAGAUUAUGAAAUCAAAAUAUCGGUCCCUUUCUUAUCCUUUUCUGCUUCCAAAAUCUCAAACAACAGCCCAUGAAUUGAAAUAUCAGGUGCCUGGGUCCGUCCGUGCUAACGUACAGUUGCUCCGCUCUGCUGCUGAUUGGUCUGCUGGUAUAAAGUACUAUGAAGAGUCCAUCCACACCGCUUACGUCAAUGUGAUAGAGAACAGCAAGCACUUUAUCUAUAUAGAAAACCAGUUUUUUAUAAGCUGCUCUGAUGACAAGGUUGUGUUCAAUAAGAUAGGCGACGCCAUUGCCCAGAGGAUACUGAAAGCUCACAGGGAAAACCAGAGAUACCGGGUGUAUGUUGUGAUACCACUUCUGCCAGGGUUUGAAGGAGACAUUUCAACCGGUGGAGGAAACGCUCUCCAGGCAAUAAUGCACUUCAACUACAGAACCAUGUGCAGAGGAGAAAAUUCCAUCCUUGGACAGUUAAAAGCAGAGCUUGGCAAUCAGUGGAUACAUUACAUAUCAUUCUGUGGCCUUAGAACACACGCAGUGCUGGAAGGAAACCUAGUCACUGAGCUUAUCUAUGUCCACAGCAAGUUGCUAAUAGCGGAUGACAACACUGUUAUUAUUGUCUAUGGCUUGGGUAUCAUUAAACAGGGUGCAGGGCAGAUCAGUUUUGUUGGUAUGAAUGUGGUGAAGGGGGAAUUGUGUAAUAAUGAUAUGAUGUAG